UUUGGAUACUUGGUAUAGGAAAAUCAAGUAAACCUGAAUGGAAUUAUGCAGGAACUGGUUAUAAAGCUGCUUUUAUAUAUAUGUAUCAAAAACAACGAUGUAUUUUUUUUGAAGAAUUCGAUGAUGACGAAUGCAAACUCACAAUUUAUAAUAAGCAAAUGGAGAUCUCACAUGCUAUUAAGAAAUAUGUUCGACUCGGAUUUGAUAUAGAAACUGGCCAAGAUAUUGAAAAUGCAAUUCAGGGAAUUCGGGGGGCUUUUGUAUUAUAUUUACAACCUAAUCGUGAUAGAG